AUGGAACAUGUGCAGAGUUCUGCAGAGUUAGUUGUCGCUGCAGAAUUACCGGGUGGCCCUUAUACACCUCCCGGAACCCCUCCGCCUCUCGGUUAUCCAACACUGCGCACAGACGCCAUGCCUUCCUCGGAUGAUCUCCGAACAAAUGAUAACCCACAAAUCCCAGAAGAUCCCAGCCUCGAUGGUGAACCCAUGGAGGAUUCAACUAGCCUUGAUGGCGAACCAAUAGAAGAGGAACGCAACAUCGACCCACCUGAGGAUGUUCACAACUUAGAUGGCGAGCCAAUGGAAGAAGACCUCAGUGACCAAGACGAACGCACUCUCGAUGGCGAACCAAUAGAAGAGGACGCCACCUUAGAUGACCAGCCGAGGCAAGAAGGCUACAACGAAGAAGAAACCCAACAACUUCGAGAACUCCUCCAUAAUUUCCAGAACUCCAGUGAACGUUAUGUGUUUAUUCCAAUGGAUGCCCGCAGAAUUCUCCUUUCAGGGGAGAAACACUACGGCACGAGUAGCCAGGCAGAAGAAGUUGAAGCUGCACUUGACAGUCUCACUCCUCAAGACCAAGCUAUCAUCGAAGAUUAUAUUGAAAAGAUGGGUCGUGCCUAUCUCGAUUUGGCCAGGGAUCCCCGGCGAGACAAGUUUGACUCUGACGAGAUUUCGUUUUACUUCCGUCAUGGAGCUGUAGUUGACCUUAUCUUAGAGCAGAUGGAGGAUUCCGCUUACACGCUCUUGGAGCCUUUGAUACGUCACUGGGAGGCUCUUGUUCACGACCUGAAUGAUGCUCGGGCUGUUACCUUUAGAAAGCGAAAGGUGCAAGAGCUUCUGGACAUGCUGAUCAAUUUCACCCCUGCGGAAUUGGCAUUGAUGCCCCCAGAUGGCCCAGCGUAUGAUUUCCAAAGCAAACACAGAGCACCUUCAAAAUGUUCGGUUUGUCUUGACGACUUCUCUGAGAGCGAACUGUUGGCCGUUGAGUUGCCCUGCCACCCCAUGCAUAUCUUUCAUCGCGUCUGCGUUUCAGGCUGGCUAGAAGAACACCUCCAAUGCCCUCUGUGCAGAUACCGUUUGCGACUUCCGUUGGAAUACCUCACCCUGACUAGCACACUUUGA